AUUUCAACGAACAUUUACUCAACUUUAAAAUUGUUAUUUUUGGUAUACAGUGUAAAUAAGCUUUCUAAAAAUCAUGGAGCAGAAGACAACAAAAUCUUCAAGCAUUACCCAGGUUGAUAUUCUGUUGACUGGAUCCAGAUACGUUGGUCCCAGUGAUGAGUUGGGCAUGCAGGAGAUGGGUGUCUACAUUUAUCCGGAUGGGACAUGCUACACGGGAGAGUUUCUCAACAAUCGUUUCCACGGAAAAGGCACCAUACAAAUUCCUGAUUCCUUGGGCGUUACCUAUCAAGUAACCCAUCACAAUGGCAGACUGGUCUCGAUCGAUCAGGUUAACUUCAAUGAUAGUCUGCCCGUCGACUUUGAGAUGAAGGAUCAUUACACGAUGAGUUUCAAACCCUGGACGUAUUGCACGCCGGAGGAUCGCCGAUUCUACCAGGAAACCAAGGAGCCUAUGGAUGCCGUCGGUCCGAAUAAGUUCCAGUCCAAGGACGGACCAAAUCCGCUCAACCUGGGUCGCAAUAUUUUCGAUCUGGGCUUCGGACUGCUGGGCAAUCGUGGCUUCAUGUUGGAUACAAAGACGUUUAGCAACCAGAGUAUAUAUCUAGGAUGUCGGGAGGCUCGUCGCUGGAUCCGAGAGAACUGUGCCCAUGGACCACUCAGCAAGCGUCACCACAAACAGAAGUUAUUGGCCCGUUUUGCCCGUGAGAUCAUCCGGAACAAUCAGGAGAAUGCAGGCUGCAGCCAAAGGGAGUUCAUGACCAAAAUCCAUCCUUGUAAGCACUCCACCAGCUUGGAUAGCUUCGCUUCGGAGCGUCUCCAUCUGGCCAGCACUACGGAUUCCACGACGUCGGAGGCUCAGGCCAUGGGUUUGCGUCAUGAGGAGUUCCAUGGCAAUUGGACAAGAGCGAAGAGCGAGAGCAGCGUGUGUCGCAUCAACUGAUUGAUCCUUUGAAUUUUUUGUUACUUUCGCUUCUACUUUUCGAUGUGGCCUUAAAUUAAUAUAUUGUAAAUCGUUGGUUGACCCAC